AUGGGUCAGCGUAGUUCAUCGUCAGUAUUACCAUCGAUGCAGGAAACCAAAUCGACUUUGACUGUUAGUAUUGAUUACGAAAUCGAUUCUCCUCGAUUCUCUGUUCAUGAUGCUCAGAAAGUACAAGAAGGUAUUGAAUACUUAAACAAACAUGGCUUUGCAGUGUUUGCUGAUAUACUUUCGCCCGAUGAGAUUACUUCCAAUAUCGAUCUGUUCUGGAAGCAUUUGGAGAAUUUGCCUGUACCAUAUCAUAUUCAACGAGAUAAUGCGAAAACGUGGGACUUUUUAUGGCCUGGCAUAGCUCGUCUGGGAAUAAUGUCGAAUGACGGCAUCGGUCAUUCGCAAUUUAUGUGGUCCGUGCGAGGCAAUCCUAAUAUUAAAAAGAUUUUUUCUCAAAUUUGGCAGACAUCUGAGUUACUUGUCUCGUUUGAUGCUGCUGGCUGCUUUCGCGAUUGGCGUUUGAAUCCCACUUGGAAGACAACAAGUGGUUGGUAUCAUUGCGAUCAACAUCCGAUUCGAAAACCCAAUCGUUGCUCAAUUCAAGGUUUAGUAUCUCUAACUGAUGGCAAUGAAUUUACUGGUGGUCUUGUAAUUGUGCCUGAUUCACACAAUCACUUCGGCGAACUUCAAUCUCUUGUUAGCGCCAAGAAUCGACAAGACGAUUAUGUGGCCAUACCUUCUCAACACCCAUUACUUCAACAAUUAAAGCCCCAUCUAGUCAAAUGUAAAGCAGGUGAUCUCAUUGUGUGGGAUUCUCGAUGUAUUCACUGUAACACACCAGCUCUUGAUAUUAAUGAUGAGACAAAAGAGGAGAUGAACACGAAUGAGAAUAAAGCUCCUCGACUACUACGCAUUGUAACCUAUGUGUGCAUGGGUCCAACAGCAAUGGUUACAUCUGUUAAACUCGAAGAAUUUCGAAAGACUAGAGAGAAAUUUGUGAGAGAUAGAGUAGCAUGUACACACUGGCCACAUGAACUUAAUGCCUCAAGCCUUCCACAAUCUGAUGAGAAACAAGCACUGAAACUAAACGCAUAUCAACAAUCUCUAAUCGUCGGUACUAAUGUUGACGCUAAUGAUGCAACACUGGGAGCGGCAGUUGACAUAUGA